AUGAGUCUCAGUAAUCCAGAUUUACAAGCUAUAAGGGAUGCGCUGUUACCUCAGAAAGUAGACCAGAGCUCAAAGACAAAUAUUACAGGGAACGUGGCUACACAAUCUACAACAGGGGAAUUUAUACCACACAUUUUCUACUCAUUACAUAAUAUCAUGAAAAAUCCAAACCAAUCUUUAAACCAGAUGGAAAAUGCAACAGGUUUCAUCAAGCAUAGACUUAAAAAUAGUAAAUCGUUAAUUCAAAAUAAUGAACAACUAAUAAAUUUACUCAGUUAUGAUAUUGAUUACUGGGAAAACUAUUUACAAAAUAAAGAAAAUGAAGCACAGAUUAAGAAAAACCUAUUUGCCAAGCUGAGUGAAAGAAUAAAUAAUGUUCUUGAGGACAAUGGUUAUGAAAGAGAGGAUAGUCCGGAAAGCGAAAAUGACGAUAGUGCUAUACCGAGAGACUCGACAGAUAACGAUAUAGAAAUAUCCUUUUAA